UACAAACUGCGAGCUGGUGGAGCGGUUUGGGAUUGUUUUUCAGCGAAAUUUUCACAGAAAAAUGGAUUCCGAAGACGCAGCACAAACGAUUUUCGAUUCGGCGUCUUCACUGGUGGAAGGCUGCCGGUUGCCGGUAAAGAUGAGCGGGACAAACGAUUGGCCACUAGCAGAAAUCAUCAGCAUUAGGGAGGGAUCUGAUAGAAAAUGCUAUUACUACGUACACUACGUAGAUUUUAACAAACGACUAGACGAAUGGGUAACUGAAGAGUUUCUGGAUAUGCGAAAAGUUCAGUUCCCGCGCAAAGAUGGUCUUACGACGGGGCAGAAUACCGGCGUAACGACACCGAAGCGAUUACCUCCCGCCCUCACCUGCUCUCGACCUGCCAGUCCCGUCCAGACACCAGAAAUCGCUGUUAAUGGCGGUGCCGUGUUAGAGGCUGCGUUGCAGAAAAAAAUCAGCCGUAAACGAAAAGCAACAUCCACCGAAAAUGAGGACUCCGAAGACGUUCCAUCUACUCCCACCCCGCGGCAAUCGGGCAGCAUGGUUGCGCAUCACGACGACGUCGUAACGCGAAUGAAAAACGUGCAACUGAUCGAGCUGGGGCGGCAUCGAAUUAAACCGUGGUAUUUCGCUCCGUAUCCCCAGGAGAUGUGUACGAUGUCCUGUAUUUACAUUUGCGAGUUCUGCCUCAAGUACCGCAAGAGCCGGAAAUGUCUCGAGAGGCAUACAAAAAAGUGUAACCUACGGCAUCCUCCCGGGAACGAAAUUUAUCGAAAGAGCACGAUCAGCUUUUUUGAAAUCGACGGGAGGAAAAACAAAAGCUACGCCCAAAACCUCUGCUUGCUCGCGAAGCUUUUUCUCGAUCACAAAACGCUGUAUUAUGACACGGAUCCGUUCCUGUUCUAUGUGAUGACCGAGUACGAUACGCGUGGGUUCCACAUAGUUGGCUAUUUCUCCAAGGAAAAAGAAAGCACAGAAGACUAUAAUGUGGCGUGUAUAUUGACUAUUCCACCGUACCAGCGAAAGGGUUACGGAAAGCUACUGAUAGAAUUUAGUUAUGAAUUAUCGAAAUUCGAAGGAAAAACGGGUUCACCGGAGAAGCCAUUAUCCGAUUUAGGUUUACUGUCGUACCGUAGCUAUUGGGCGCAGACGAUACUAGAAAUAUUAAUACUACAAAAACCAACGGGAGACAACGAAAAACCGCAAAUAACGAUAAAUGAAAUCUGUGAGCUGACGAGCAUAAAAAAGGAAGACGUCAUCUCGACGCUACAGAUACUGAAUCUAAUCAACUACUACAAGGGCCAGUACAUUAUCUGCAUCAACAAGGAGACGAUCGAUCAGCACAAAAAAGCGAUGGACAAACGGAAGAUUCGUAUCGAUUCGAAAUGUCUCCACUGGACGCCAAAAGACUGGUCGAAACGGUCGAAAUGGUAGAACCACUUAGUAGCAGAAGAAACCGUUUCCAAACGGAUCGUG